UCAGGGAGGUUAGUUAUGAUACUGGCUACCGUGUGUUUAUAAUGAGAGGUCGUUCUACUUAAUAUCAUCAUCUGGAGAAACGGCUUGAGAUAACGCAAGUUAUUUCAGUGGGAUAAUACCAAGCGAUUAAUAUGCGAAACAGAUUGGCAGGGAAAGGAUUAGAAAAGAAAAAAAAACAAUAAAAACUAAGAAGUUACACAUCAAAAACAGAUUGGUAUUUAGGAAAGGAUUCAAGUAAAAAAGAUUGAAACCCCGUUAGAGGUACAUGUACCAAGGCGUUGAAGACUAAUAUAAGAUUCUGUGAGAGAUAAGAAAAGGCUUCAGGGAAUAAAAACGAGGAAAAAAACUCGGUUAGGAAAUACAUUGCCAUCCGACCAGGCCAGGCGAAGACAAAAAAAUAGGUUGCAGGAGGCGGUUGGAAUAGGAAGCUUUCCUGGCUGACACGUAUCCGGUACAAGGCACGUGGACAACCCAACAGCGACCCGAGGCAAAAUGACAACAAGACGACAAAGCAUGCCGGUGGUAGCCAAAUCUGACUACGGCUUCACCACAGACAAAAUAAAAGAAUUUGAAGAGGCUUUCAAUGUGUUUGACAAGGACGGAAAUGGGAUGAUUACCACGGAAGAAUUGGGAGAAGUUCUCAGAUCGCUCGGCGAACGACCAACAUAUUUUGAACUCAAGGACGCUAUGGAAGCAAUGGACGGAGAUCGAAGCGGAACGAUAGAAUUCGACGAAUUUUUAAGUAUGAUGUCAAAAAACAAAAGCAGGGAUCCAGAGAAAGAAUUGUUGGACGUGUUUCACGUUUUCGACCAAAAUGGUGACGGGCACAUAGACGCAGACGAACUUUACGACGUCUUAACAAAAAUAGGUGAAGUCAUAACAAAGGCUGAGGUUCGUGAAAUGAUCCAAGAAGCUGAUGUUGACGGUGACGGCACAGUAAAUUUUACAGAGUUUAAAAGGAUUCUGACGGCGAAAUAAGUAAACCUAAUAUCUGACUAUCAUCUGUGAUUCUGGGAACUGGCGUGGCGUUGGAGUUGCGCAACGUUAAAACGCGACGGAAAGGCCCCCUACUGAGCCAGGCAGGAGAAACGACUUUAUGCAAUAAAAACUUGGGUUCUUACUAACAUCAAGACUAGAUAACCGGCCCGACUCUGUAGAUCAUGCACCAAGUGUGUCUGUGAAGAUUUCAAAAGGUUUCCCGCAAAAAUGACGUGUCUUAAAACGCCAGACAAGAGGCAGCGACGUCUUAUGGCACUUAAGCGUUAUUAACUUUCUGUUUAUUUUGCAUGUUUUUUUCGUUAGAUAACCUCAAGAAAAUUCAUGUUAAAUGAAAGCAUUGUGCAGACGCUUUCAAGGAGACAUACGCGCAAUUAGUUAUUUUUUA